GCCAAACUCGUCGUAUAAUCAUCAGAUCUAGUCGCGAAGAAAAAAAUGCACUAUAAGUGGAAGAGUUUUGGCAGCAGAUUUAAUUCUUAAUUUUAUACUACAAUUCUAAGGAUUCUUAAUUUAUAAAUUUGAUUCAUUCGUUAGUAUCUGUAGAUAGUAAGAAAUAAGUCAAAAACAAAUUAGUCUUAUUGCUAUUUCAAUUAUAAUCUUUAUAAAACUAAAACUAUCUCAUCAACUGAAUUAAUCUUUAACUAUUCAUCUAGUUUAAGUAAAGUUAUAAAAUCAUAAAAGAAGUAAAUUUCAAUUUCAAUUUCAAUUUCAAUUAAUAAUUAAUAAUAAUUAGUAUUUCAUCAUGACUAGACCAUCUAAUAUCGGUAUUAAAGGGAUCGAAAUUUAUAUUCCAUCACAAGCUGUUAAUCAAAGUGAUUUAGAAAAAUUUGAUAAUAUUCCAGCUGGUAAAUAUACCAUUGGACUUGGUCAAACUAAUAUGGCUUUUGUUAAUGAUAGAGAAGAUAUUUAUUCUUUAUCUUUAACUGUAUUAUCUAAUUUAAUUAAGCAUUAUAAUAUUGAUACUAAUAAUAUUGGUAGAUUAGAAGUUGGUACUGAAACUUUAUUAGAUAAAUCUAAAUCUGUUAAAUCAGUUUUAAUGCAAUUAUUCCCAGGUAAUAGUGAUAUUGAAGGUAUUGAUACUGUUAAUGCUUGUUAUGGUGGUACAUCUGCUAUCUUAAAUGCUGUUAAUUGGUUAGAAUCUUCAAGUUGGGAUGGUAGAGAUGCUAUUGUCGUUGCUGGUGAUAUUGCCAUUUAUGAUAAAGGUGCUGCUAGACCAACUGGUGGUGCUGGUGCCGUUGCCAUUUUAAUUGGUCCAGAUGCUCCAAUUGUUUUUGAAUCAACUAGAGGUUCUUUCAUGGAACAUGCUUAUGAUUUCUAUAAACCAAAUUUUACUAGUGAAUAUCCAGUAGUUGAUGGUCACUUUUCUUUAGCUUGUUAUGUUAAGGCUGUUGAUCAAUGUUACAGAGCUUAUUCUAAAAAGGUUACUAAAUCAACUGAUAAAACUGUUGGUCUUUUCGAUCAUUUCGAUUAUCAUGCAUUCCAUGUUCCAACUUGUAAAUUAGUUACCAAAUCUUAUGCUAGAUUAUUAUAUAACGAUUUCCAAGCAAAUCCAGCUAAAUUUGAAGGAUUAAUUGAUAAAGAAACUAGUGAAAAAAUUCAAGCUUUAUCUUAUGAAGAAUCUUUAGUAGAUAAAAGUUUGGAAAAGAUUUUCCUUGGUUUAGUUAAAGAACAAUCAAAGAUUAGAGUUGAUCCUUCAUUAAAAGUUCCAACCAAUACUGGUAAUAUGUAUACUGCUUCUGCUUGGGCUUCACUUGCUUCUUUAUUAUAUUAUGUUGGUUCUGAAUCUUUACAAAAUAAGAGAAUUGGUAUUUUCUCUUAUGGUUCUGGUUUAGCUUCAACUUUAUUAUCAGUUAAAGUUAUUGAUGAUAUCACUGAUAUUACUUCAAACUUAAACUUAGAUUAUAAAUUAGGUAAAGGUAGAAAGAUUGAAUCUCCUGAACAAUACUUGGAAGCUAUUGCUUUAAGAGAAAAGGCUCAUUUACAACAUUCUUUCGUACCUACUGGUUCAAUUGAAAAUUUAGUUCCUGGAACUUAUUAUUUAACAGAAAUUGAUGAUAAAUAUAGAAGAAAAUAUUCCGUUAAGGAAUAAAUUAAUUAAAUCUCAUUCUUAAUAAAAAUUGGUUGAAUUUGAUUAUUCAUGGUAUUUGCUUUUCCACUUUUGCUAUUGGUUUGAAUUUAAAUCCUCACGUUCAUUAUUUGCUACUUAUCCCUCCUGUUAUUAAUUUCUAGUUAACUUAUUAGAAGUUUUGUAUAUGUAUGUAUUUAUCUAUUGUAAGCUUGGAAUAUAGCAGAA